GGUCUUGCGUGUCGUCGGUGGUCAACGCACUGUCGCUUUGAAUUUCCCGCAGAGUAACUGGGCUAUCGGGUUUCCAUCCUCUAAUGGAAUUAUAUUCCGACGUCUCUCUCUCUCUCUCUCUCUCUCUCUGUCUUACUCGCACGUUCGCUCGCCUGCUCGCUCGUCAGCCUACCUGGAAUUGAUUUCUCUGGCAUGUAGAUGCGCCUUAGUACGCGACGGCAUGUCAGUCGGGAGACAAGCCCAUGGGGCACCAGCCGCUGGCACCGACGACUCGGAGGCCGAGCAGCUGGCGUCAACUCCCGCAGCGGCCAUGGAUGUGUCGACUUUGACUUUCAAUCUGCGUGCCUUGAGCUUCCUCGAUAAGACGCUAAGUUGGGUGAAAUCUAAAUCGACCAGCUUCGACAUCUCGAAUUCCAGUCCCGAGUCGACUGCUGGAAAUGGACAACAAGCUCAAAGUGCUCAGUUACGGAGUGACGAAGAUCUGCCAAUCAUUUUCCUGGACGAAGUGGCAUGGCACGACACCUUCAAUGACUGUUGGAUGGUCGUAUGCGACUAUGUCUACGACUGUACCAAUUUCAUGAAAAAUCAUCCUGGUGGUCAGGAUGUAUUACUAGAGUACGCGGGAAGAGACGCAACGCUAGCCUUCGUUGGAACGGGACACUCCAAAAUGGCCAAAAAACUUUUGGAGAGGUACCUGAUCGGCGAGUUACCAGUGUCGGAGAGGAUCUUCCGAACGCCUAAUGGUAUUAAAGUUGGUGACUAUGACUGAAUGCUCACAAGGGCAAUAAUCCUACACAACUGCUAACACUCACUAACUUAGACGAACGAUUGCUGAACUCUUACUUUUUUCUGGAUGAGUGACAGUUGUGAUCAUUGUGUAAAAAUCAUCGGACGAUGUAUGAUACGGAAAAUUUCACGAACAAAACUGCCUCCUGCGUGAUGCAGUAUUUCGAAAUAAGAGCAAGAAAUAGCUAUAUCAAAUCAAUUCAACGAUUGUAGCUUUUAAAUGAGAAGGUUAAGUGUAACAGCAUUACUGCAUUGGCUAAUUAUCGUUCGAUAUUGACGAGAUUUUCACUGUCAAGGUCAUGUGUAUUGUCAUCAACGUUCUUCAAGUCUUGAAAAGAACAUGAUAAAAACUUGAAUCUUCUGACGCAAAGUGUAUUAUCUUUUCUCAUAUGUCAUAACAAUAGCAACUAGUUGCUCAAAGACAAGAACGUAAUUCUCUCUCUCUCUCUCUCUCUCUCUCUCUUUCUCUCUCUCUCUCUUUCUGCCUGUCUCUGCAUACAGAAUUAAUAAAGAGUAUUCUAAUUUUCUCUUAAAGUUAGAAACAUAUCAGAAUUUUUCAACGUUAUCUUGUCGUUUUAUAUCUGGCGAAAUAUUUCGAGAACAUAUUUAAUAAUGAAUCUUCUAAAAUAACAGAAACUUACUGUUUAUUAAUUGUACUUAAUAGUGUAAUAAUACUUAAUUAAGUUAUGGUUUUAUGUGACUGAAAUCUGAGUAUUGUGCGAUAAACUAUUACAGUUUGUAUUUUGUUCAUAAGUAUGUAAAGUUUAGAAUGUAAUAAAAGUUUUAUAAAAAAUAAAGUUCAUUUGUACCUAUUAAAACACAUUUUUUUCUAUUCUGGUUCAUAUUCCCAAUCCUUAGGCAAUUCGUAAUUCACUUAAUAAAACGAGAACUUAUUCAUAAUUAUAAAAAUAUCGCUAAUAAUAUAUUGUAUGAUUGAUAAUUAUAUAUGAUCAUUAUUUAGGUAACGUUCGUUCAAUAAUUUUCCAUUGAGAUGAAAUAUGUCCCAGCUAUGAGCGUAUUAAAACAAACUGCGUGUACAAACGAUUCGCGAUGAGCGUAAGAUAAACGCAGAAGGACUCCAAACGCAAGGAUUUGAAGAAUAUUUGUAAUUCGAAAUAUUGUUAGAUAAGAAUAAAUAAUAAUAAAUAAGUGAUUGGUGUUUUAAACCUCGAGACUCGUUUCUAAGCCAAUACAUUCUU